GUCUGGUAGAUUUACAGCUGGGUGCACGCCCUUACCCAGCAAAGCGUAAACACUUUCUUCUUGCUCGUUAUCCUGAACCCCUCAACCUCCAAAGCCUCGGCGCCCGGAGGAGCAGCGACCAUGGCGUCCUGCUCCCACCCUUGGCGGCUCUUCCCAGGCAUGUUGCCGCCGGCAGCCGCCUCCGUGUCUACUCCUCCUCGCUCUCGCAAGUCCACGAAGGUGUUCGCUGGUUUGCCUCGCCGGACGAGGGCGCCGUCGAGCGGGACGCGACGGUCGAGGAUCAGGUGCGUCAAGGAUGACUCGCUGCAUUUCGAUCCGUCCAAGAUCGAGCCGCCGCCGUACUCCAGCUACUUCGACUCCACGUCCGGCCAGCUCGAGCCGGCGUCGGGCGCCCGGGCGAGCAUACCCGGGAAGGAGUACUGGCCGGAGGGCACUGCGGCCCGCGUGCGCGCCGCCCGUGCGCCUGCACCCGUCGGUGAGUCGGCCGGUACGCCGUCGUUUGGCCAGAAGCCCGGGAGCAGGAGGAGAGGGUACAAGAAGCAGGCCGUGUCAGCCUCGGCAGGGGAGGGUGCGGAGACCGACGGAGAUGAUGGUGAGCCUUUUGUGGGCAUUGCAGAAUCGGGGGAUGAUGCGUCGGAGGAGCCGAAGGAUUCGGUGGAUGAGUAUGUCAUUUACGAGACACCACCGGAAGAGGAGUUGAGUGAGUAUGACAUGGACAAGAUGAUGGGGCGGCCACAUCCAUUUAUCGACCCGGCAAAGGCGAUGUCGCUAGGGGAGCCAAAAACCAGCGAAGAGCUCUGGUGGCAUUGGAGGAGGAAGUCUGAGAAGGAAGAAGUGUGGUCUAGAUGGCAGAGGAGGCGUCCAGAUGUUGACACGGUUUUUGCAAAGGCAAUGGCUGAGACUGGACAAAUUAAAAUUUUUGGGGACCAACCUACGCGGACAGAAGCUGCUCUUGCUAAGACAAGAAGGCAUUUGUACAAAGAGGAAAGGCUAGAAGCAGAGCAAAGGAGACUAGAAGAAAUAGGGCCGAUAGCAUACUACUCGGAAUGGGUUGAAGCUUAUAAAAACAAGGAUACAUCACGCAAAGCCGUACAAAAGCACUUUGAGGAGACUGGCGAAGAUGAGAAUGCUCAACUUAUAACAAUGUUUCAGCACCAGACUGCUGGGGAAUAUCGUAUAAUGAUGGGCACUGAUGUGCGUAUUCAGCGAGAUCCUUUGGCCAUGAGGAUGCGGGAAGACCAGAUCAAACAAAUUUGGGGCGGUGAUCCUGUUUAUCCAACAAUUAACUAUGUUCAGGAUCCUGAUGAAGUGAUUGACUACAGAGGUCCAGAAUUUCAUGAGCCUACCCCUGAAGUUGUACCUUACCUGAUGGAGCAUGGGAUAAUGAUCACAAAGGAAGAGCUAUAUGCACGUCUGAAUGAAGAGAGGGAGGACGUCAAUCAAGACAUAACGUAUAUUCCUGAAGUCAAAGAUCCCAUGGCUACUGCUGUUGAUAUAGGAGACCAUUCUUACAAUGAAGACAGUGACGAUGAGGAGGAAGAUGUUGACAAAGUCGCUGCGCAGCCUGAAUCAGUAGAGGAUGAGGAAGAUGAUGGGGGUGAUGCUGGGGAAGCAGAAGACAAAGUGAGCCACAAUUGGAGUGUUCUAAAGUCUACUGGACAGGCUGAAAAGCCCAAGGAAAAAUUGAAGAAAGGUGACAUAUCACUAAAAGAAGCCAUAGAUGAUUCUGAGAACCUAACCGAUUUUCUUAUGGACUUUGAGGAAGAUGAGUAGCAUUCUGGAUAUUUUGCUGUUCUGUGCAUCACACACAGUGAGUAUUCACCUGGAUCGCUGUUGUCCCUGAUCCUUGGUCACAAGCAAGGUGAGCCACAAGCAAGGUGUUCCUGGUA